AGAGCCGGGGUGUGUUGCAAUGGCACACGUGUCUUUGUCCAACGAGACAUCUUGGAGAAGUUUACUGAAGAGGUUUUGAAGAAAGUAAAGAAAAUUAAAAUUGGAGACCCUCUCUUGGAAGAUACUAGGAUGGGUCCACUCAUUAAUCGCCCCCAGCUGGAGAAAGUAUUUGGCUUUAUUAAAUCUGCUGAUAAGCAAGGAGCCAAGAUUUUGACUGGAGGAGAACCUUUCAUCCCAGAAGAUCCUAAGUUAAAGGGAGGCUUUUUCAUGAACCCCUGCGUACUGGGAAACUGCAAGGAUGAGAUGACCUGUGUCAAGGAAGAAAUUUUUGGACCUGUAAUGUCGAUACUGCCCUUUGAUACCGAGGAGGAAGUUCUUGCAAGGGCCAACAACACCACCUAUGGUUUGGCUGGAGGGGUCUUCAGCAGGGACAUCCAGCGUGCGCAUAGAGUAGUGGCGGCUUUACAGGCUGGAAUGUGCUUCAUCAAUAACUACAAUGUGAGCCCAGUGGAACUGCCCUUUGGCGGUUACAAGAGGUCUGGAUUUGGACGUGAAAACGGACAAGUGGCCAUGGAGUAUUAUUCGCAACUCAAGACCGUUUGUGUGGAGAUGGGAAAUGUUGAGUCUGUAUUUUAAAUGGCUAGUAAAUUUCCAUCUAUCUAGUAUUUCUUACUGCAUUCUGCUAUGAAGGAA